AUGCCGUCUCAGGCGUCAGAUGUUGAGACGAAGACUCUGACAAGCGCGGUGAGGACGAAAGAGAAUCGUCUUCAAGAGAACAGACUGCAAUGUAUAAAUAUCUCGUCUAUUGUGUUGUUCCUGUUGUGCAUAGCAUCUUUUACUUCCGUGUUCAUGUUUUCUCGACGAAUCACCGCCCUUGAGUCCGUAAAUUCGGAUCUGAUAUCGAGGCUGGUUUCACUGGAGGACCUUCGCUCUAAGGACCAAACAAGAAUUAAUGACUUGACAGAAGAGGUUAGAUCUGCCAAAGCACCUGAAGCUCUUAAAAUUCGUUUCACGCAAAUGGAAGAAAACAUUGCCGCUAGAAUCCGACGUCAAGCUCCAUGUGCCUGUCCAAAAGGCGACCCAGGUCCUCCUGGCCCACCAGGCCAUCGAGGGCGAAGAGGUAGACCAGGACCUCAAGGCCCGAUUGGGGUUGAUGGGAAACAAGGCGCUGCUGGGCCAGCUGGUCCACGCGGGCCAGUCGGUCCUCCUGGACGCGACGGACUCUCUUCAAGCAACCGGCUCGCGGAACCGGCAAUUAUCGCGCCUAAAAAGCCAAUGAGUCUCAAAGACGAUUCUGGCUGGGGCUUUGAAGAAGUGGCUGGUAACGUUGUUCUCCCGCGAAUUACUGCAUCCGGAUUCAACAAUGAGAUGCCAACCGUUGACUGGAAUCGAUAUGAAAAGCACAUGAACGAUGAACAGAACAUUCGAUACAUCCCGGGUCCUCCCGGACCACCAGGACCUCCUGGAAAACCUGGUAAAAAUGGAAUGCAAGGUCUGCCUGGCCGAGAUGGUGAACGCGGUCCUUUCGGUCAUCGCGGCGCCCCUGGCCUUACUGGCUCCAAAGGACAGAAGGGAGAAGCAGUAAGAGAUGCUGGUGGCGUCAAAGUAGUGACCGGUCCACCAGGCCCACCUGGAGCAAAGGGUGAACGCGGAGAGCGAGGAUUCGACGGAAAUCCUGGACUAAAUGGAUUAAAUAUGGCCGACUUAGAUGGUGAUAAAUUCAGAGGCAAAGAAGUUGUAUUUGUUCCUGGUCUUCAAGGACCUCCAGGUCGAGAUGGAAAACCUGGUACCAAAGGUGAACGAGGAUACACAGGUCUUCGCGGACCAACUGGAAACCCCGGACGAGCCGGAAGCGACGGAGCACGUGGACCACCUGGACCGAUUGGACUUACCGGCGAAGAAGGCAGAGCUGGUGCAAUGGGACUCCCUGGCAUUCAAGGUCCAGCUGGGCCAAUGGGACCAAAAGGAUCAUCUGGAAAAGUUGGACCUGCAGGUCCAAUGGGACCGAAAGGGCCAAUGGGUCUUUCUGGAAGUCAGGGAGAACCUGGAGAGCGUGGAAGAAGGGGUAAACGCGGAAGAUCUGGUGCAAAGGGCGAUCGAGGUGAUCCCGGAGUUAUUGGCUGGGAUGGUCCUCAGGGGCCACCCGGUCCCCCUGGAAAGAUACCCGAUGGUUGUUGCAACGCUAGACGUCCAUAA